UCACGGUGGAUGCGGGUCUUCUGUGGCCUGGCUGCCGGGGCCCCCCUGGCCCCCUGAUGACGUGUGGUGGGAGGUGGGGGACCGUCGAUUUGGGGUGGGCCGCGAAGAGACGUCGCCGGCGCCGCGAGACACACCACGAGGGAGAGCCCUGUUGCGGCCUAUGGGUGGGAGGUAGUCAGCGCAACAAAGAGGGAAUAAACACGCUUGUGGUGAGCAAGCCAUCCCACGUACCUUGGAGUGAGUUGAUGCGCGACCGGCUUCGUGCCAUGGAGUGCCUGCUCGCCGGCAUCGCACUGGGAGGCACGGGCGAGUUGCCGCUCCCAGGAGGCAUGUUGGCCAGCUGCAUCAGGUGCAGUUGGCUCUCCAACAUGCCGAUCACGCUGUUCUGCCGGACGGCCAU